AUGACAGCACACUUGAUUUUGAUAAGAAAAAAUACAGCCAUCCUAGCUGGGGUUCUGAACGUGGGGAUUUUAGUGACAACUCUAUUGUCGGCGCAGUUCCUUCUACAUGGAGAGAUGAGAAUCAGCGUUAUUGGUUUCUUGUCCACAGGUUUAAACAUCAUCAUGUACAGCUCCCCUCUUGGUGAUAAGAAAACAGUGGUGAGAACCAAGAGUGUUGAGUAUAUGCCAUUUCUUCUCUCAUUUUUCUUUUUCUUAAACGGUGGCGUUUGGAUAUUGUACGCCGUGCUUGUGAGUGACUGGUUUCUUGGAGUACCAAAUGGAACGGGAGGGUUUCUUGGAGCAGUGCAGCUGGUUAUAUAUGCAAUUUACCGGAAAUCUAAUUCAUCAAAGCAAAUUGUCGAAGAUUUAGAGGAAGGAGACCAAACGGAACGCUUGCUUCCACCUUCUUCCAUCCCAACUCAAGAGUAA